AUGUCUUCCCAGUCAACGACCUCCAAUCGUUUCCGCAGAGUCAAGACUGUCUUCAACACAUCGAGAGCAAUUACUUCCCUUGGUAAGGAUGGUGUCGCUUCUCCCAGGGAAGAUGCAGUCGAAUCAUCGUGUGCGCCCUUGGCUAGACGAGUCAUUGAGGACGGGUUUACCCCAAUUCCAAGCAGUACUGAACCCUUCAGAGGAUAUGUCGCCGGUUCAAGCUCUCCCUCUCCCGCAUUGGAUAAUAUCGCAUCGUCAAAAACAUCGGUAGCUCUUAUAGAGGAUCCUCUCCUGGAGCUAGACGAUCCUGUGAAACCCUCCGAAAAGUCACUGUCCGGUCCCUUCAUCAAGGGUGCUCUGGCAGCGCUACGCGGCAUUCUGAACGACAUGAAUUUACCAGGGGCCUCGGCCUGCCAGCUCAUUAUCAAGGCGGUAGAGACGUACGAGCUGGCAAAGUCGAAUGUGAAUAUCCUUCAUUCCUUGAUUAGGGAAUGUGGUCACGUCCCCAGUGUGCUUGAGGGUGUGAGGGAGAGAAGUUCGGAGCUAUCAGAUAAAGUGAAAGCUGCGCUCACACGCUGUGGCAGUGGACUAGAUGUUAUUAUACGUCCGCUCAAGGAAGAUAAGAGCAAAGGACUUUUUCUAAAAGUUAUAAAUAGCUCUGAAGACGCUAUCAGGCUGCAGACGGCAUUUGAUGGUGUUGGACGUCUGAUCAGGGUAUUUGUCUUCGAGAUUACUAUCGCCGGCUAUUUUACUAUUUCCAAAGUAUUACGCUCCGCUGAAAACAAAGCCUUGGCUGACAACAUCAAAUCCCUACCCCGUGCAGGGGCGGCGUACAACAGCUAUAAUGUCAUUAACAAAAAAAGAACCGUGUGUCUUGCCGGUACCAGGACAGCGAUUCUUGAAGAAAUCGCCCACUGGAUAGGCGCGCAUGAUCAAAAGCCCAUAUACCUUCUUACUGGUCACGCUGGGUAUGGAAAGUCGACAAUUGCGCGGACGGUUGCAGAGGGCGCGGAUAGGCUUCACUCACUUGGCGCUUCAUUCUUUUUCUCCCGAGAUGAAGAUGAUAUGAAGGGUGGCAACAAAUUCUUCAGCACUAUUGCAUAUCAACUAUGUCUCUUUAGCGAAAUAUUUGCCGGUGCGAUAGGGAGCGCUCUACACUUUCUCAAAGUGUCGGAUGCAGCGGACAAGGGCCCUGCUGUUCAACUUUGGGAGUUCAUCAUCAAGCCUCUCCAAACCCUUACCAGCCCACCACACCCCUUCGUGAUCGUCAUCGAUGCCUUCGAUGAGUGCGAAGAAUAUGAAUCCUGGGAACCUGGAAAUGGAACCUACCGCCUGGAUAUAUGGAAUGGAUUGGCUACUCUUGUCGAAGAGUUGCCGUUCAUCAAGGUUUUCCUUACUUCCCGACCACACCCACAGUUGUCGAAGCUUGGGAAUGCUGAUGAUCGACUCUAUCUCAACAUCACCGUGCUGGCCGACUCCGACCCAGACAUCAGACGCUACCUUCUACACUGGCUGGUGACGGUAUCAGAUUCUACGUCCCUCACAUGGAAAGCAAGUGAAUCAGAGAUUUGCGCCCUGGAAGCAAUGGCGGCCGGUCUUUUCAUUGUCGCCGCUACAGCCGUCCGAUUUAUCUUAGACAGACGAAAGGUCAUGCACCCAUCGCGACGGAUUCAGCUCCUCAUGGCCGGUACCGUCUCCGGUCCGAGGACCAACAGACUUGAAACAAUUGACCAAAUGUAUGACACCGUCCUUCGUCAGUCGCUGAGUAUGGAAGACCCCGACGAGCUGCAGCUAUUCAAGACCGUCAUCGGCACCAUCUUGGUUCACGAAAGGCCUAUGUCGCGUGGCAAAAUUGCGAGUCUCCUUGGCCUCGACAUUAGCGUGGUACGGACCAUGCUCGACCAGCUCCAGGCGGUAAUACUCACAACGGACAGACCGCAAUUCCACAAAUCCUUUGUUGACUAUAUAACGAAUGAAAGGCGGAGUGGCGAGCUCUGUAUCAGCCGGUCUCAGGCACACACGAAGCUAACAUUCCAUUGCUUGCGUAUCCUGGGUCAAUGUUCUAGCCCAAUACCUAUUGUGUAUUGUGCGCAAGAUCACAUCGAGACACAUUAUUCGAACGCUAACCUCACCGUCGUCGCGGAACUACUGCGGGCUCAUAUUUCUACGCUUGGAGGCCGUCCCAGCAAGGUAUUCUGGAUCAAUCUCGCCACUUAUUUGCAACUGUGGGACGUCGAGACAAUAUCUAUUAUGGUAUUCUCCCAUCUUUCUCGGAGUGGCCGCCCUAAACUGAAACCGUUCCAGGAUAUUGGUACGCGAGACCAGCAGUUGUCCUCAGACUUCAAGGAAGCGCUGGCAAUCAUCAAGAUGGACCUUGAAAGCGACGAGGUCCUCCCGGAGCGAAGUCUGCGCCUCAUGCUGACGUCCGAUACAUACAAUUGCCUACAACAUCUUUAUCAGGAAUACAAGAUGCUAACUCCCUUGCAAUAUGCAAAGACUUUACUCUGGCACCUCACGACCAAUGGAGUGUGGCGAGAACACUGGGUCCUCUUUGAUACACAUCACUGGGAGCGAUUCGCGGUCAAGGACGGGGAAGAGACAUGGACAAUUGAGAAGGAGGUAGAUGCAUUUAUGGACAAUGUGGUCCUCGAGAUAUAUGGUUUCGAGCCUUCGGACGAGGCGUUGUCCAUUCUAAGGCAGCAGUUGAUGAACACUCAAAAGUGCUGA